AUGACCCGUAUUAGUCUCGAAAAUCGGCUUCUUUAUUCCAUGCCACAUCAUUCAAGUGAAAUCAAUCAUCUUUUUGUGUUGAAUAUUUUCUGCCUUUAUUUCUCUACGGUUGUAUUACGUCUUGCGUUGUUUCCCAGGAAAGCAUUAGGACUAGGUAGGUGUUGUAAAAAUGUCACCAACACAAUUCUUGUCGCCAAAGUGAAGUGUAUUUAUUGGAUAUUGACUCAGCAUGCUGAGAUUGUCACUUAA